CGUGCGUAAGGUAGUUGCCAAACGAACGUCGUGGCGUGCACGCAUAACGCAUCGUAGUGUAAACUUCUCUCUGUAAAGUGCUAUUUACGACUAAAAUACUUCGAAACGUUUAAUAAAUAAAUUCUUUUUUUGAUUUCGUGAGUGUGUUAUUCGCGCACUUGCGUACAUUCAUUUCUUGCUACAUUUUAAAGACAAACACCAACAUGGCUUCGAAAAAACCAAGAGCAACCGCAUUGUUCGAGGUUGUGAUGUGGGGAAACUCAAAACAAGUGCAGGAUACGCUGAAAACUCAACAACUACCCAUCGACGACAAUUGGACGGACUACGAACUUUUGCUGACAGCGAUUCGAAAAAAACGCAAACACGUCGUAAAAAUACUUCUAGAAAAAGGCUGCCGGAUCCAAAGAGUACCGAGAAUAGAUAAUUCUGAUACAUCUCUUCAUUAUGCUGUUAAGUGGAGUGACUUAGAAUUAAUUGAGCUGCUGUUGGAUAAGGGCGCGUGUAUCAGUGAAGUGGAUGAAAAUGGAGAAACGCCUCUCUGUUUUGCCAUGAAAAAUAGAAACACUAAAGUAGUUGACUUAUUACUGUCGUCAGAUUAUGUCAACGGUGUCAAUGUACUCGACAAUGACAGAUUUUCACACUUGCACAUCGCUUGUAUAAGGAAUAAUUUAAGAAUUGUUGAACAGUUUAUCGAUUUUGGCGUGGACAUUAACGACACCGUAAAUUUUACUUCAAAAGAGUGGGCUGGUUACACACCUCUACAUUUUGCAGUUGAAAAUAAAAGUCAGAGCGUGGUUGAGCUGCUCGUGAGACACGGUGCCAAUCUAAGUAUUAAAAAUGCAAAAGCUAUGACUCCUCUGCACUUGGCUGUGCAGAAACAAAAUGACACGAUCGUUGAUUUGAUUUUGUCUUCGAAGAACGUUGCGAUUUUCAAUCCAGUUGACAACUACGGACUUUCACAUUUUCACAUCGCUUGUAUGAAAAAACACUUGAGUGCGGUGAAAAAGUUUCUGCAAGAAGAUGUUGAUGUUAACCAUGCAGUAGGUUCAAAUCAACCUAAAUGGCCGGGAUAUACUCCUUUACAUUUUGCUGUUAAAGAUUUGCCAGUUGGCGGUGUCAACAAUAUACCCAUAAUAGAAUUACUACUGCAUUGUAAAGCUGAUGUGACUUCAAAAGAUGCUCAAGGACAAACACCUCUACAUUUAGCUUGUUUGCAAAGCGAUCAAAGGAUCGCAAAAUUACUUAAAGACGUUAGUAAUUUCACGGAGACUUAUCGAGGAACUAACCAUUUGAGUUUUUGUGAAUUAUCAUCUCUGGCUUUAAGUCAUAGUGAACAACUUAGUGCUAUUGAACUACUUUUGAAGUAUAAAAGCAAUGUUAAUGUAAAAAAUGUGUUUGACGAGACUCCAAUAUUUUAUAUUUAUAAGAAUGAUCGUUCGAAGAUUGCAACUAAGGGAACAUAUGAUAACAACGUACUGAAAGAAGUUAUCAAAGAAUUAAACGUAAAACGUAAAGAAAUUUUACAAAUUCUUCUUAAAAAUAAUGCGGAUGUAAAUGUUCAGAAUCACAUCGGCCAGACGAUAUUGCAUUUCAUUGCUGGCAUCAAUAAAGAAUAUGAUGACCAUUUAAAAGAAGUAGCAGCCGUGUUGGUUUUAGCGAGAAAAGCUAACGUUAAUGCUAGAGAUAAAAAUGGCUUAACUCCCCUUCACAUAGCUGCCAAACUCGGACGUUUGAAACUAGUAGAAAUAUUUUUAAAAUUCAAUGCUGAUGUCAAUUGCACGAUAGAUUCAGACCAAUCAACGCCCUUGCAUCUCGCAACUUUAUAUCAACAAAUCAAUACUAUAAAUAUUUUACUACAAAAUGAUGCCGAUGUGACUAUGGCAAAAUGUAAUGGAACAAACGUUCUUCAUCUCAUGGCUAUGAAGAUUCCAAAAAGCUCUGAAAUAGAAUCUUACAAAAAAAUCAUCACGAGCUUCAUUGAUCUCGGAUGCGACAUCAAUGCGCAAACAAAAGUGAACGGUAGCACACCUCUGCAUUUAGCAGUUUGGGCAUACAAUACCGUAGCCAUUUGGAUUCUUUUGCGACAUUUUGCCGACAUAAACGUUAAAGACUAUAGUGGAGAAACACCCAUAUCAUUUCAUGCUAAUAGUAGCCCAUCAAGACGCUCUGAUCUUUACUUCAUGUUUAAGGACUAUGUCGAUAUCUUGAGAAUCGGCGGAUUGCAUGUUAGUAAAAGAAUUGAUGCUAGUUAUACAAAAUUGUAUGGUCGAGAGCCGCCGGAUCUAAAGGAUGACUUUUUAGAUGCGUGUAGAGAAGAGAUAGAAGAAAUGAAAAGUACAAAAAUUAGUAAAUUUUCCACGGUGUACGAUAUGCUCUUCAAAAGUUCAGAUGAGAUGGAAAUCCACGCGAGUGAUGAAUUUUUUGAUAAAUUUGAAAAAUGUGAGAAUUUUGUACAAACUUUCCCUGUCUAUGGGAAUCUGCUCAAGUCGCAAUUCAGAAAGAGGUUAGCGAGAAAAGUCAUUGUAAAUGAUGCAGAAGAUGCUCUAAAACUUAUUAUAGGUGUUACAAUACAAGAAUCUUGUUUGAAAAAAAUUGUCCAAUAUCUGGACAAUAUAAGCUUAACUAAUUUAAUAAAGGCCAAGUCCGUGUCAGUGCCUGUCAGUCAUCGAAUUUAGCUAUAGGUUACUUAUAAUUACAAAACUUUUUGUAAAUAAA